UCUACCUGCAACGCGGCAUUCUCUCUCUUCUCUGUCUCUCUCUUGUCCUCUCUGUAUCUUUUGAGUAAAAGAAUGGGCUCUUCUUAACGAAACCCAUAUCAUAAAUUGGGCCCAAACCUGCUCAUUUGGUUGCAGGAGUCCUCACUUUAGUCACUUGUGAGGUGGGAAACAGAGGCUUCUGAGAACACAGAAUUGUCAGCAACAUGGGUAGUUUGGGCGGGAAAGACAUGCUUCCCAGCCAUUCCAAUCCUCUCGCACUCGAACUUAAUCGAUUGGAGAACUGAUUCGCAGAAAAGGAGAGAGAACUCGUACUCGCGUAUAAUGAGAUAAAGGCCUUGAAGGUGACAGAGCUUCUGAAAGAUAAGGCCGUCGUCGAGCUAAGCAAUGAACUGAAAAAACUGGAUGAAAAGCUCGGAGCUGCCGAGAAACAACUUCAGGACAAGAAUCUAGAAAUAAAGAGGCUAACCAAUGAGAAGAAAGAGGCAUUGGCGGCGCAGUUCGCUGCCGAAGCGGCGUUGAGAAGAGUUCACGCGGGACAAAAGGAUGAGAAAACAAUUCCGCUCGAAGCUAUUGUCGCACCUCUCGAGUCUGAGAUCAAAAGAUACAAGAACGAGGUUGCUAUGCUCCAAGAGGAUAAGAAGGCUUCGGAAAGGGCUACGAAGUCGAAAGAGGCAGCGCUGAUUGAAGCAGAAAAUAUUUUAUGCGGUGCUCUCGAACGGGCGCUUAUUGUAGAGGAAGUGCAAAACCAGAAUAUUGAGCUGAGGCGGCAAAUAGAGAUUUGCCAGGAAGAAAAAAAGUUCGUAGAGAAAACGAAUCGCCAAAGGACUGUGGAGGUCGAAAAGCUUACUCAAACUAUUCGUGAACUCGAGGAAUCCAUUCUUGCUGGUGGCGCAGCUGCGAAUGCUGUACGAGACUACCAGCGCCAAGUUUCUGAGAUGAAAGAGGAGAAGAGGAUUCUCAAGAGGGAAUUAGCAAGAGUUGGAGUUUCAGCUAAUCGCGUAGCAUCGGUGGCGGCCAACGAGUGGAAGGACGAUAGAGAUAAAGUCAUGCCUGUUAAACAAUGGCUAGAAGAGAGAAGAUUCUUCCAGGCAGAGAUACAAAGGUUGAGAGAUAAGAUUGCUGUAGCUGAAAGAACAGCUAAGGCCGAAUCACAACUUAAAGAGAAACUGAAAAUGAGGUUGAAGGCAUUAGAAGAAGGGUUGAAAAAUGUAUCGAAUUUGCCAGCAACAGCAGCUGUUGAUUCUGAGCAAGUGACGAUAAAAAGGCCGAAUUCUCACCCGAGGCAAACUCAUGCUUCUAAAGUGCUGCAGCAGCCAAAUUCUUUGUCCCAGGGCGCUGAGAGAAAAAGAUCGACAUCUCAGCCACGGGCUUCUGUCGCAGCAAAAGUAUCAAAUCAGCCUAAUUCAGUAUCGGAAAGUGUCGACAGUACCAGAAAGUCCGUUAACGGAUACUAUCUUGUUAGGAAGAACUUAUGGGCUCAAUCGAGGAAAUUCGUCGACGAUACUGGGAAGGAAAAUAAAGGAAGAAAUAUCAACUCUAGUGCGCAUUUCGGCAAAAAUGUUCCCAGACCACAACAAGUUAAAGCUGAUGCGCAUACUGAGAUUGAGCCACCAAGUAAUGGUGUUUCAGAGGAGGUUAUCAACUCGAGAAAAUUACGUGAGGAAAAAGGAGGACUUCUUAGUCCCAAAGACGGCGAAAUCCAGGUGGUACAAGAAAAGGAAGAUGAAUCAGUGAAGACGAGGAGCGAAGCAGCGGCUACAGAAAAGGAAUCACCACUUUCCAUGAUGAAGGAAAAUAAACGAAAGAGCGAAGUUACAAACAGGGCUGCGAAACUCGACGAAGCCGUGCAGAAGUACAGAACUUGAAGGUGAUCGUAAAAUUCGGAACUCAAAAAUUUGAUGUUAGAUCUAAAGCUAGGCUUGGUUAUUAUUAAGUUUCUUUUUGAAAUGUUUGUAUUAAUUGCUUGUGGUGGCUAUUGUAUAAACAAAUGUGAAACUGUGCUGAUUAUAUAUCUCAGAGUUGAAGGAUGGUUGAAUAGCUUGUUGUAAUUAUGUAUUUUUGUUCUUCA